CGUCCACGAGGCCGGUGCCUGAAGGGGACGAAAGUUAGUUCCACUUCAGUUUACUGUGAUCUGCAGCUGUAUCCCGGUAAAAAUAGAACUACAAAUAUAGAAACUCACAAAAAAGACGAUUUGAAGACAUCACUUUCAUUUCAUCAUUUGAAUAUCGGUCCCAAUAGUCAACACGAUGUUUUGAGCGACCUUUGUUUUAACGAGCGGAACAGUUUUCAUAAUGUGAAACUUCAGAGAAACACUGAAGAAUCUUCACUCGCUUCAGGAAGUGAAGACAAACUUCUGUUGAAGAACUCGGAAGGAUGAACAGGAAUCAAGAUGAUGAGUUUGUUGCAGUGCGGGUCCAAGAUCCCCGCAUUCAAAAUGAAGGCUCGUGGAAUUCAUAUGUGGACUUUAAAAUAUUCCUGCAUACCAACAGCAAAGCGUUCACAGCCAAGACGUCGUGUGUGCGGCGGCGCUACAGCGAGUUCGUGUGGCUCCAGAAGAAGAUGCAGAAGAACGCUGGCUUGGUGCCCGUCCCAGUUCUUCCAGGAAAAUCCUUCUUCUCCUUCUGCAACGAGGACUUCCUGGAGCGGAGGAGGAACGGACUUCAGGCCUUUCUGGACAAAGUGGUGAACAUGACCGUGUGCCUGUCGGACAGCCAGCUCCACCUCUUCCUGCAGACCCAGCUGCCGGUCGGCCACAUCCUGGACUGCGUUCAGGGCCACACCCCCUACUCGGUGACGGACGCCAUCCUCACCUACGCCUCGUCCAACUGGGGCUUCGCUCAGGCUCAGGAGGACGACCCCAGCAAGGAGCCCAGUCUGACCGUUUCCUACGAGUCCAUGGAGAGUCCGGCUCCUCAUCAGCCGAGUCUUCAAGCUGCAGAGACCUCCAGGCCCGAGCCGCUCUCCGCUGGAGACUCUGAUCCUCUGGAAGGUUUACUGCAGCUCCGUGAAAAGGACCAGGCAGAGUCAGAGCCCGAGGAGGAAUCAUCAGUAACCAUCUGCCAGAGGAGCGACCACCUGGAGGCCGAGGUCGAGCGUGAAGCCUCAGAGGCCACCUUCUACCUGGGGGACGUCCAGGAGGAGCAGACCCAGCAGAGGAGCUGCCAGAUACAGACGCCAGUGGAGGUGCACUCGCCCGUGGGGACUGGUUUCCAGAGCGAGGUGGAGAGUGCAGAAGAAGAAGAGGAGGAGGAAGGAGGUGUGACUUUAGAUACAGAAGAAAAGACUCUUUGCCUUUCAGAGGUGGACGAUCAGCUGCUCAGUCCUGAGGAGGAACAUAUAGAAAUCACCUGUGAGCCAGAACAAUGUAGAGAUCCUGAAGUUAUAUUAGAUUUUAAAGACAAUGACUGUGAGGAUACGAGCAUAGGAAGUAGUGACAGAUCUCAGGAGGAGGUUCUGGAAGUCGAAUGCUCUGAGACGCAGGUUGUAGAAAACCACGUCAGCUCUGAGCUAAACCACGCCCACAUCACGGAGGGUCAAGAUCCACACGUCCGCUGUGAGGAGGAGGAGUCAAAGGAAUCAGACAGCGAAGACAGUUCUGAGUCUGAGAGCAAAGACGAGACGAGACCUCAGUCAGGAAUCCACGUAGAAACAGAGGAUGUGCAGAGCGUCCCCGAGGAGGACAGACCCGACGCCGUUCAACACCUGGACCAGGCUGAACAGGAAGUGGAUUUAGUGGCGACCAGGGACGAGAGCGACGAGGACACGCACUCGCUGCCGUCGUCCAACGAGAGCAUCGUGAAGGUCAGCGACGAGGAGAGCGUGUGUGACGACGGCGAGGAGUCGCUCCAGGACGUGAACGGCUUCGUGAAGAUGUCCGACCUCGACGCCUCCAGCAGGAACAUCCUGGACCUGCAGAUGAACGGGUUCCCGGUGGAGAAAGACGAGCGGCUCGACUCGACGCCGCUGGACCUCAACGCCACCGCAGCCGCUGGAGACUUGAGUGGAAGUGGAGACUUCAGCGUCCUGGAGAGCAGCGGCGUCCCCGGAGCAGCCGAGGAGGAAGAGGAAGAGGAGGAGGAAGAGGAGGAGGAGGAAGAGGAGGAGGAGGAGGACUCACGAGGUUCAGGUGGACCAGCUGCAGAGACGCCCGAGGUCCCUGAGGCGGCGGAGGGACACGCCCUCUAACACAGACUCAGUCCCACACAGAUCAACAGGGUUCGUGGGCGGAGCCAGUCAGAUCGUUGUUCACCUCCUGAUCCUUCAGAGUCCAACGAGGACAGAAACCACUCCCACUCAGACCUUAGGCUCAAGUUGUUUUAAAAAAUAGUUUAUUUAAUUUUAAAACUGUAUUCUCUUCUUUUAAACUCAGGGACACUAAACACUGGCACCGUUUCUCUCCCCCCCCCCCGCUCAGGUUUACAGAAACAGAUCUGGUUCCCUGAUCAGAAGCUCAAGGUUUUAUUGUUGUAGCUGAAAUUACGACUUUAUUAAAUCAUGACAAAUACAUUUGAAUUAAAGGAUCAGUUUCUAAUUUACUCACAUGUGAGGAUUUUUUUUUUUUUUUUUUAUGAAACGCGACAUUAAAAUGAGAAUCUCUGGGUUUUGGUCGGUUGAUCAGGACGUGUGACAUCACCGAGGUCUGAGGGAAGUUCAACCUGACGUGUUUCACCGUUUCCUUGAUCUAUAGACAGAAUUAUGAAUGAUAUGAGGAACAAUAAUCAGCAGAUGAUAAGUGGUUCCUUCUGCGUCGCUGAUCCUGCAUUAACCACAAAAUCCUCGUUAAACAAAUAAACGGUCGACAGGAAACGCUCGAGUGCUUUGACUUUAGAUUUUCACGUUGACACGCGGUCACAUCAGAGACCUGGGAAGCGGCUCGGGGGUCCGGGGGGGUCCCGGGCGUAACGUGAGGCAACUGGGAGUGACAGUGGACCGGUCAGUUCCAGCAACGUGAACAGAACAAAGCACAGAUACAUAUUUCUGUUUGGCUUCAUGAACAAUUCUCCGAGUAAUUGAAUCAUUUUCGUUAAUUUACGUCGAGUCGCUUCCAUAACUAACGAGUUGUCGUCACCUUCUGGAACAAGCUCAGUUCUUUCACUGGAGUUUUCUUAUCUCACGUCACAACGCACAACGCUGCCUCUUCACUAACUAACCCCAGGUGAAUAAAGGUGAUCCUCACUGGUUUGGAGUUAAAGCUUCACUGACGGGAGUCUAACUCACUGGGAGCAGUGGAUUCACUGGUUCCUUCACACUACUGCUGAGUCCAACUCAUUUAGAUGCUUUUAAAAAGGGAUUUAAACCAUCAAGCUUUCACUGUGUCACUGUUCAAUGUUCAUGAGUCUGACUGUACUGGUCCAGUGAUCCUGAACUGGGGGACUUCCUGUUGGAUUCUACAGAUCUGAGUUCAGAUUUCCUUCUGCACUGUUAAUGAGAAAAUGAGUUUGGAGACAAAGCCACAGAUUCUACAGAGACUUGUUUUAUUACCUGAGUGACGUGUCCAUGUAAACAUAGAAAAUAUAAUUCACUAUUUCAUAUAGUUUGUUUUUUCGUCUUCAUUGUGUCACAUGUGACUUUGUGUAAUUCUAUCGACACACAUCUCGUGCUUUUAAUACACAAUGUUGGAGCAAUGCUGACCCCUAGUGGGUGGAAAUGGAGCAAGAUUAAUAAUAAAACUGAAUUUAAACAGUAAA